GAUAUCGUCGAUCGCGUGCAGCAGUAUCCAAGCGCGAUGUGGAUGAGGACAGCCACCACAAAAUGGAGAGUUCUAAUGAAUCGGUAUCAUCAGACGACACUAGUGAAACAGCCACUUCCGAAGAAUCAUCCCCAUCUGAUUCAUCCGAAAGCGACUUUUUUGAGGACUGGAACAAACGGCGUCCCAGCAGGCGACCGAGGAAAUGCCAACCGAAAACCCCCAAGAAGCCCCCUCCGAGAACCGAAGCAUGUUCUGCAAUGCGAAUAGCCAAACCACCUAACAGUCUGUUACCCAAACGCACAUUUAGUGUGCCUGCAAGAAAACACACUGCAGUCAUGACCUCUGCAAAUACCGCUGUUGUUGGUGAAAGUCUACCUGGUCGGGAACAGGAAUUCGACAGUAUCUACACUUUCAUCAGUGGUAAACUUCUUCAAGGCACUGGUGGGUGUAUGUAUAUUUCCGGUUUGCCAGGUACUGGCAAAACGGCUUCGGUUAACGCAGUCCUAGCAGCGAUGACUGACGUCCGUGAUCAACGUGCGACUUUUCAGAAAAUAACGGUCAACGGUAUGCAAGUGAAUGAUCCAAAACAAGUUUACGCACAAAUACUGCAGCAACUCACUGGACAGUUGCUUCCUGCCAAACAAGCCGCCCAGCAGUUAGAACGGGAAUUCUGUUCCUCUGGUUUGAGACAGUCACAUCGAGAAAAGAGCAAUCUACCACCAGUGGUCCUUGUGAUCGAUGAGUUGGAUCUGCUUUGCACCCGUCGCCAAGACGUGCUGUAUAACUUGUUCGAUUGGCCAACACGUCCUCGUGGGCGGCGCUCACUCAUUGUUUUGGCGAUUGCCAACACUAUGGACUUGCCCGAACGACUGCUGCACCCUCGGGUUGCCAGUCGCCUCGGUCUCACACGCCUCACCUUUGCGCCCUAUUCCCACGAGCAGUUAGUGCACAUUGUUCAGUCUCGCCUAAUCGGUAGCGGAUCGAGUUCGUUUCAGGAAAAAGCCUUAGAACUGGCGGCGCGGAAGGUCGCUGCUGUGUCGGGUGAUGUACGCCGUGCGCUAGACAUCUGUCGACGUGCCGCUGAAAUGGUUCCCCAGUCAAAAUCGAAAAAGGAGAUUGGAAUUGAACAUAUCAAUGCAGCUCUCAAGGAAAUGUUCACCACACCAAAGCUGUGUGCAAUCCAGGCCUGUUCCCUUUACGAGAAGCUGUUUCUGCGGGCCCUCAUCGCUGAGUUUCAGGCGCGUUCGACAGAGGAGGCCCGAUUGGACCGCUGCAUUCUUCAGAUGUGUGCUCUUUGUCGUCUAGAGGGUUUCCCGUGCCCCACGACUUCCGAGGUGUUCGACAUCUGUUCAAGCCUCGGUGCUCACAAACUGCUCCUCACAGAACCCUCAAGACGAGACACCUCAAUGCUAGUUCGCCUGAACUGCAGCAAAUCGGACGUACUUUUUGCGCUCAAGCCACGCAGCAGCGCUUGAUCGUUUUUAUACUCCCCGGUUGUUCCAUCCGAAUGCAUUUUCUUUACUCCCAACGCACUUUGCUCAGAUUUUGUAGCAGUAUUUUUGUACUACCUGUUUAUGAUGUCGUAUUUGAACAAUACAGAUCUUCAAUAGCUGUCGAAGAGAAC